AUGGAGCAGGUCAAGACACUGGUGGACAAGAUUGAAAAAGAAGCCGGAGUUGAGAGAGAUAUACGCGAUCACCACUUCCAACAAUCCCAAUACAGCGUGCAACACAAUUUCUUCAAGGCCCUCAUUGCGCAGAAUCGUGUGGAAUGUGGACUCAACCGUAACCAGCUGGAAUUACAACUGAACAGCUUCGAAGACCAAGCAUACUAUUAUGAGAACCUUGCCGCCACAUACAGAGUCACUUCUCAAGCUUGGGAACCGUGGUUUCUGGUCGAGCAGCGCCACCUGCCAUCUACCAUCCCUCAACCUUCCUCGUCUCCCUCAACUUUGUCAUAUAAAGUGACUGGCGGGGCACGUCUAAGCCAGGGCCUUUGCGACGCGCCAGACUACCAACAUGCUUUGCAAUGGUCAGCCCAGCAGCGUCGAUUAGCACCAGAUAUCCCCUCAGCAUAUUUGGUUUGGGCACCAGGCAUGACAGUCCACACCGCACUGUCAAGUCUGAUCUUUCAGAUCUUGCAGCAAAGGCCAACCGCUCUAUUCCAGUUUAACAUGACUCCCCAAGCAUUCCUCCGCGGCAGACAGUCAGUCACUGUCCUCUGGGAUAUGCUCAAAUUCUUAAUGGCUUCUCUCGGCGGGUGUCUUCUGUACCUGCUAAUUGGCUCCGUUGGAGAGGAUGAGUUUUCCAUCGUGGAGUGCUUCUACAACGCUGUCAAGAACUGGAAGGAUGCGCCCCCGAUUUAUGUUACUAUAAUUCAUCCGUAUCAUGAGCGUUUUGUGGGGCUGAAGGAGGCGACGGAUCUCGAUGGGCUGUAUGAUGUUCACCCGUCACUGACGACCACAGAUGCCCUGCAUCAUGUUCUCAUGGUUGAGCUUGGGAUUCACCAGGUUUCGGAGACCAUUGAGCAGCUUCUGUGGGAUGCGGUUUGGAGAGAGACGAGGUAUGCUUCUAUUGGGGUCUGUUUGGGAAAGGUGGUUGAUCACAUCACCGCCGUUGCGGAGCAGCUUGGUAGGGAAGAGUUUAAGGGCGAUGAGGACACCAUGAGCUUUUGGAUGGCUGGUGUCAGGUCGUGGCUUGAGAACCCUGGUGCGGCGGACGGUUUACGCGAGCAGGUGCAGCGGCAUCUAAACAUCGUGGAUCUAAACUUGCCUGAGAAGGUGAAGGAGAACUUGAGCCGACAUGUCAAGCGGUUGGCGCUGAAAGUCGACAGUCAGGAAAGGAAGAUGGUCGCGUCGCAUAACAUGACCGAUCCACAACGCCAUCAUGUUUGGGAUACCAUGAGAGAAGCCAUGUCCCCGGCUUUGGAGGUGAUGUUUUGGGGGGCGAUCCAGGAACUCGUUGAGCAGGCGUUAGAGGCUUACUGCUUAAGCCCUGCACAAAGCCAACUUCAAGCGGGUAGGGUCGUGCAUAAGAUCCUGGAAGCCAAGUUUGGUUUGAUGAGCAAUUGGCGCAAAACAAUGACACAGGAGGGGGAGUCGGUGAUUGAGGGUAUUGAGACGGCUAUCAUGAUUGGAUUCGAGCUGACAGUUAAGGCUCUGACUGAACCGAGGAGGGAAAGUGAGGGUCAGAUUGCACCAGAUGAUAAAAGGUAG